CGGUGCGACUUGUUCAGACAGCCAUCGAUUUGCCUCCGCCCGUUACCCCCGUCUUGUUGUGCCGGUUCUAGCAUACAUUAGACUCGUGAAUGAAUGGUCUAGAUCGCAAACAGGCUUUCUACUAGUCUUUCACGUGCCGAGCCUGCGGAUCGAGUCUCCUGACCCGACUGUCCCUUGGUGAAAUCAGCCUUCCGCUUACCGUCACCCAAUACCCAUUGCAACCAUGGCAUCGUCGUCGUCCAACGUUGUGGGUGUCCACUACAGGGUGGGAAAGAAAAUUGGUGAAGGAUCGUUCGGUGUAAUCUUUGAGGGUACGAACCUUUUGAAUAAUCAGCAAGUGGCCAUUAAAUUCGAACCACGGAAAAGCGAUGCACCGCAGCUCCGCGAUGAGUAUCGGACAUACAAGAUUCUGGUCGGAUGUCCGGGCAUUCCCAAUGUCUAUUACUUCGGUCAGGAGGGUUUACAUAACAUCUUGGUUAUCGACCUACUCGGUCCAAGUCUGGAGGAUCUUUUCGAUCACUGUAAUCGUCGCUUUUCGACAAAGACAGUGGUGAUGGUGGCUAAGCAGAUGCUCUCUCGCGUCCAAACGAUCCACGAGAAAAAUCUGAUCUACCGUGACAUCAAGCCCGACAACUUCCUCAUCGGCCGCCCUAAUUCCAAGGCCGCCAACGUUAUCCAUGUCGUCGACUUUGGCAUGGCCAAGCAAUAUCGUGAUCCAAAGACCAAGCAGCAUAUCCCUUAUCGUGAGCGAAAGUCGCUGUCUGGUACAGCCCGCUACAUGAGUAUCAACACCCACCUGGGCCGGGAGCAGUCCAGGAGAGAUGACCUGGAAGCUUUGGGUCACGUUUUCAUGUACUUCUUGAGAGGAGGUCUCCCAUGGCAGGGACUGAAAGCCGCGACGAACAAGCAGAAGUACGAGAAAAUUGGCGAGAAGAAACAAACUACUGCGAUCAAGGACCUGUGCGAAGGAUUUCCUGAAGAGUUUACGAAGUACCUUACUUAUGUCCGCAACCUUGGGUUCGAAGAAGCACCUGAUUACGAUUACUUAAGAGACUUGCUCACGCAAGCCCUGAAGAAUGCAGGAGAGGUCGAAGAUGGCGAAUAUGACUGGAUGAAGCUCAACAAUGGAAGAGGAUGGGAGUACAAGUCGUACUCAUCCCAGCAGCAUCUCCACAACAAUGCACUUCCCAAUUCGUCUGCCCGUGAGCUUCAUGCUCAGCAGCUACGCAGCAGCCAGAGGCCCGGUGUGACAGCAGACCGUUUAAACGCCGCGCAGCCCCCGCCCCCUUCCCCGGCGAAGCCGGGAGCAGGGAAGACGCGCGAGCGGCAAAACGUCCAAGGCGGGAUGCCACCGAAGCGCCAGAGCGGGGGGAUGGACACCACACCGACGGUGUCCACUCAGGCACAGUUCCAGAACUCAAACGCAAACAUUCCGGGUCGUAUGGGAAGCCCAGCCAACCCGACGAAGAAUAGCCAGCAAGGCCCAGGCGCUCAAGGGAACAAUGAGCCGCAGCCCACUUUCGUUCAGAAAGUGAUGAAGGCAUUAUGCUGCGGUAGGUGACCAUGCUGAUGCUCAGGUGUCAUACCUUUUCGCUUAUGCAGCUUUCCAGGUUGAUACCCGGUUGAGCACAGGGAAUGUAACUUUUACAUCAUGUUGGCUUUCAACUUUCUUUCGUUCUUUCUUGU